ACAGGAUGUAAACAUUCUCUUCCGGAAAAGCUUAUAGUUGGAAUUACCAAGUCCGUUUAGCAUUUGAAAGAAGUGAACCUUCAAAUAAAACGAGAAUUAAACAAACUGAAAAUGGCCGGAACGGCUUCAGUAGCAGGUGAAGUUUUUGUGGACGCUUUGCCGUACUUUGACCAGGGUUACGAUGCUCCAGGCGUCAGAGAAGCGGCUGCAGCGCUGGUUGAGGAAGAGACAAGAAGAUAUCGGCCUACGAAGAACUACCUGAGCUACCUGCCUACGCCUGACUUCGCAGCUUUUGAGACAGAAAUUAUGAGGAACGAAUUUGAACGGUUAGCAGCUCGGCAGCCCAUGGAGCUCCUGAGCAUGAAGAGAUAUGAGCUUCCGGCGCCCACAUCAGGACAGAAGAACGACAUAACGGCGUGGCAGGAGUGUGUGAACAACUCUAUGGCCCAGCUGGAGCACCAGGCAGUCCGCAUCGAGAACCUGGAGCUCAUGUCGCAGUACGGAACCAACGCAUGGAAAGUCUACAACGGCAACUUGGCCUUCAUGAUUGAGAUGGCUCAGAAGGAGCUUCACAAGUUCAGGAAGCAAAUUCAAGAUUUGAACUGGCAGCGUAAGAACGACCAGUUGGCAGCUGGAGCCAAACUACGCGAGCUAGAGUCCAACUGGGUGUCACUGGUCAGUAAGAACUACGAAAUCGAGCGGGCCAUCGUCCAGUUGGAGAACGAAGUCGGUCAGCUCCGACAGCAGCAGGGGGACGAGAACAAGGAGAAUAUCAGACAGGACUUUUAGAGAACUGGACUCUUAAAGGUUUCUGACUAACAUGGACUCCCUUGGACUAACAUGGACUGGGAGUAAUCUGAGCAAAAAGAAGUUAUGAAACCACAGAUGUGACAUAGAUUGGUAAAAACAACAGUGGAGAAGUUUCAGACACCUGCGGGUGUUCUGGCUUUAAAAGAAGCUUCUUUUCGUGUUUCUGAUACACUGGUGGCAGCUUUUUCUCUUGCUUUACCACAGGACUUGAAUAGAUGCCUUUCAGCCAAGGGAUGUGUUAGCGGAAAGUGUACAUAGUGCAAGUCUGUUGAAGACUGCAUUAAGUGUAGUUUUACAUCGUCAAUUGAUGCAUUUUUAAAAAUAAAUCUUUGUAAUAAAAUGAAUUUCUAUAGUUCCCUUUGAACCGUCGUCUACAGUUUUCCAAUUGUCCAAGAGUUUCGUACUCACAGUUUUAAUCUACACUCAUCAUGGUUAUGAAUGUUGCCUACUUUCAAUAAUAGAGCUGAAAUAUUUUUAUUUUAGGUGGGAUGAUAGUGUAGCUCCAAUGAAUUACCUAAACAAGAAUUUGCUGCACAAGUUUGGAUUCAUAGAUUUUUUCCUAACCAGACAUGGUAAAAACUUAAGACUCUAAAAUAAACAAGAACACUUAUGUGGGUUUAUGCUGUGGUAUGUAACUUAUACAAAUGUUUUUAAUAUACAUAUAUUAAAACUGUCCAUAUAUUGUGACAGUAUGAGAGGAUCUGUGAAAAGAUCAAGCUCCUCUCAGUGCUACUAUUGCCAUCUGCAGGAAUACGCAACCAAAGCCAGCAGGAGGGGCAACGCGCUGCUUGACGUACUAAUAGAGAAACAACUGGAAAACCUUAACCGCCAUCAUCGGUGGCCAUGCUAGCUAGCCUGAGCAUUCAGACAGUUCUGCUGUGGAGAACCAGACGAAGCCUAGCAGAAAGCAAGGGAGAUGGAGUGAGCAGGUAGGUACAAAAAUGGAGGAAGAAAUCAAUAGUUAUAUGGUUGCUACUUAUAGACAAUCAGGUGUUCCAGCAAAUUGAUCGAUAGUUUUGGAUUAGAUAAAGCAUGACAUCAAGUCUAUAGAAUCGGAAUAUAAACACCAGUUUGUACUCUUACAUUUUCUACCCAUAAUCACCGUAAUACUUGCGUAGGCAGAAGUUAAUUUUUUUUAUUUGUUCCUUCGAUGUCCCUUUUGGGGCUCCGUACAGAAGCUUGUUGAUGACUAUGAAAAGCCAGAUGGGUGAAGGUGUGUAUAAUUUUGUCCCUGUUGUGGAGGAAAUGCACAAUAAAUCCAAACCUGCGUGCAA